AUGAUUUCCGACAAGGACUGCCAGCUCUGUUUCACGGAAGCCAAGGCCAGCCGUGGUGUUGAUCAAUGCCAAGUCUGCGGCCGUGUUGCGCACCAAAAAUGCAAGAACAUCUAUCGUGCAUGUCGAGAAGCCUGCGAAGGAGACACUGGAUGCCCCCUGUGCUGCCCAAAUUGUCCUUGGAACCCAAGCAACUCUGAGGUGAAGGCCGAAUUGGUUCCUAUGGAAGUGAAAAAAGAGCCACGGAUGCCCAGAGACCAGCCAGCAACCGCUGACGACACCAUCUCAAGUGCAACAAGGCAGAAGGUUCGCAAGUUGAAGCAGAACGUUCGCAGGCUCCGAUGUCAACUCCGUCGAAAGCCGGCCAAUCGUGUUAUGUCGUCCCUUCGUUACGAAAGGCUCGCGGGAAAGAUUGGGAGAAAGGGUGCAAAGUACAGAAGAAACAAGCUGAUCAUGGCGGUGAAGAAGACUGUGAAGUCAGAAGAUGCGCACACGAAACAUGAAGACAAGGCUGCCGUCCUCAAAGAGGAAAUGGAAUCCCCAGUGAAGAUCAUCAAGGUCGAGAAAACGAAGAAAGUGAAGUCUGAGCCGGUGGUUAUCAGCUUGCUUUGA